ACGUGGCUGCAACAGUAUCUGUUCCAGGGCUCAGAUCAGCUCUCACAGUCUCACAUCCCAGGAGUGAAGGCAACCUGCAGCAGCCACUGCUGGCCCUGGCUUCUAGUCCAUGGCAUCAACUGCAUCAUCACAGGGGAACAAGAUACAUGACAGCUGGCAAGACAAGCAGCAGCAGCCCAUUAGCCAAGCUAGAGCCCUGACAGCCCAAGAUGCUUCCUGUCCCUGCAAUGCUAAAUGACCUUCAUUGUACAGAAGAGGCUGGAGAGCAGCUCCCCUUCCUUGCCAACCACUGAAACCCCUUUCAGAGAUCUGGUCCUGUUCCACAUGGAUUUCUUUCCUGCAAUCUGCUGAGCUUCAUGUCUUCCCUGUCUGAUUAUUUAUCAUUGAGCCAAUAUGACCAGUGUGCAUGGAGGACGUCUUAGGACAUUUUUACUGCUCUGCCUCUUUGGAUGCAGACCUAUUGAAGGCUGGAUGAACAUGCAUGGGGACCAGGUCAAGACAGGGACCCCAAUAUUUUCUGAGGUGCAAGCUUCUGCUGCAGGUGGGAGCAUGGAGGUGGAAGCUACAACCACACAACGUUACGUCCAGCGUUUGAGAAGAGGCACCCCUUCAGCAAAUGUAUCCAGGCAGAAGGUCCAGGCUAAUGCCUUGCCAAAGGGGUUUGUCUGCCCAUAUAAAGUAAUCAGUGAGGACAGGGCGAGCCAUAGAAGCAUCUGUUUCAGGACCCUGGACAGCAACUUCCAUUGUGACCAAAGAAACUGCAAAGCCUUCAAAUCCAGGGGGUCCUUGGUGGCCAAUGUCUUGAGGAACAGCAGUGUGCUCUUGCAGUGGCUGCCCCCAGCCCCCCAGCUCAAGGAUUUAAAGGGCUUCAACAUGAACUGCUCAUGGAAUGGCACGUUCACACGCUUCCUGUGUGACAGUGUCCAGCUGGGUAUCAGCUGCAGGGAUUACCUAUUCUCGAAUGUCCAUGAGAAUGUCAAGUACACAGUGUGUGUGCAGACACUUUACACAAACAGGACGUCAUUGGAAGAAUGUGUAGAGUUCACUGUGGAGCCAUUGGGGAUGCAGGAUAUAGUGAUUGCAAUGACAGCAGUAGGGGGCUCUAUAUGUGUGAUGCUGGUCAUCAUAUGCCUUUUAGUGGCCUAUAUCACAGAAAAUCUUAUGCACCCCAAUUUUAGCCACCCUUCUGCCAAAAGGGGACCCUGAUCUCCUGGGUUUAAUAUAGCUGAGGAUCACUGGCAGAACUCUUUCAAUGCUCAAUAUUUUUUUUUUAAAUGUAGAAUAAGUUUGGAUAUGACAUGAUCAGUUUCUCAAACCUGGAAUAGUGGGGGGUUAACUUGCUUCUGAUUCCAAAGUAGAGUUGGGUUGACCUUCACCUAAGAGAGGGCAUCACUGUGAAACUAGUGACAGGGGUUGAAUUGGGUCCUAUUUUGUAUUUAGCUAUUUAUAAGUGUGUGUAUUGGUUGUGUCCGUGUUUAAUGGGGGCUCUGAGCCUCAUAGGAAUGAAAACUUGGAUGUUAAAGUCAAUAAUAGGUCCAUAUCUGAUGAACUGAUUCAAUUACUUCAUUCCUCGCCAUUGCCUUUGUUUCAUUUCAAUGCGGGCUUUUUAAAUUAACAAUAGAGUGCCAAAGUAGUAUAGGAUCAAAUCUAGCCUGUCAAUAGCCAUAAAUGGGAGAAGGGAUAGAA